UUAAGAGCAAGAGAGUAAGCAGCAUUCUUCCACGGCCUCUACUUCAGUUUCUGUCACCAGGUUCCUGCUUGAGUUUCUGCUCUGACUUCCUCCAAUGAUGGAUUGUGUUGGGGAAAUGUAAACCAAAGAAACUUGCUCUCCCCAGGAGUAAUGAUCUUAUCUGGAAACUGCUGUCUGUGACUUGCUGAGCUGUCUUCCAUUUUAACCCUUGUGAGUUUCAUUUUAGUUGGUGUUUUGAAUCAUUAUAGAGAACACUGAACUCUGAAAACGAUGCUGGAGACCAUAGACAAAAACAGAGCCUUGCAGGCAGCAGAGCGCUUGCAAAACAAGCUAAAGGAGCGUGGGGAUGUUGCAAAUGAAGAUAAACUGAGCCUCCUGAAGUCUGUCCUGCAGAGCCCACUCUUCAGUCAGAUUCUAAACCUUCAGACUUCUCUACAGCAGCUGAAAGACCAGGUAAACAUUGCUACUUUGGCAACUACAAAUGCUGAUCCUGCCCACACACCUCAGCUCAGCUCUUCCUCAAUUCCCACUCUGCAAAGUGAAUCACUUCUACUGUCUCCAAAUAAUGGGAACCUGGAACCACUUUCUGGAUCUGGUGCUCCACCUGUCACGGUUGGGAAGCCUGCCUUUGAUGAACUUGAUCAGCUCAUCAAAAAUAUGGCCCAGGGCCGCCAUGUGGAAAUAUUUGAGCUCCUUAAACCUCCAUGUGGAGGCCUUGGGUUUAGUGUUGUUGGACUCAGAAGUGAAAACAGGGGAGAGUUGGGAAUAUUUGUACAGGAAAUUCAAGAGGGCAGUGUGGCUUACAGAGAUGGCAGACUGAAGGAGAUGGACCAGAUCCUUGCCAUCAAUGGCCAGUUCCUGGACCAGACCAUCACACACCAGCAGGCCAUUAGCAUCCUGCAGAAGGCCAAAGACACUGUGCAGCUGGUUGUUGCUAGAGGCUCCUUGCCUCAGGUCUCCAGCCCCCGAAUUUCCCGGUCUCCAUCUGCAGCCAGCACAGUUUCAGCCCACUCGAAUCCAAUUCACUGGCAGCAUGUGGAAACUAUAGAGCUGGUAAAUGAUGGGUCUGGUCUGGGAUUUGGCAUCAUAGGAGGAAAAGCAACAGGUGUGAUAGUCAAGACCAUUCUGCCUGGAGGAGUGGCUGAUCAGCAUGGGCGAUUAUGCAGUGGAGACCACAUUCUAAAGAUUGGGGACACGGACCUGGCAGGAAUGAGCAGUGAACAAGUAGCACAGGUUCUCAGGCAGUGUGGAAAUAGAGUUAAGCUGGUGAUUGCCAGAGGAGCUGUGGAAGAAACUGCAGCACCCUCCUCUUUGGGCAUCACCCUCUCCUCAUCCCCAGUUUCUACAUCAGAGAUGCGUGUUGAUGCAUCUACUCAAAAAAGUGAAGAAAGUGAGAUGUUUGAUGUGGAACUCACAAAAAAUGUCCAAGGAUUAGGAAUUACCAUUGCUGGUUAUAUUGGAGAUAAAAAAUUAGAACCUUCAGGAAUCUUUGUAAAGAGCAUUACAAAAUGCAGUGCUGUGGAACAUGAUGGAAGAAUCCAAAUUGGAGACCAAAUUAUUGCAGUCGAUGGCACCAACCUUCAAGGUUUCACCAAUCAACAAGCAGUAGAGGUGUUACGUCACACAGGACAGACAGUGCGCCUGACACUAAUGAGGAAGGGAGCACGACAGGAAGCAGAGCUGACAUCUAGAGAAGACGCGGCAAAAGAUGUGGACGUGCCACCUGGUGAUGCCACUGUAAGCAAAGAAAAUUAUGAAAAAGAUGAAGAGUCUUUAUCUUUGAGGAGAAAUAUCAGCAUAUUGCCGAUUGAAGAAGAAGGCUAUCCAUUGCUGUCAACUCAGCUGGAAGAAGCCGAAGAUGUGCAGCAAGAGGCUGCCCUGCUGACAAAGUGGCAGAGGAUUAUGGGAAUUAACUAUGAAAUAGUGGUAGCUCAUGUGAGCAAAUUUAGUGAGAACAGUGGAUUGGGGAUAAGUCUGGAAGCAACAGUGGGCCACCACUUCAUCCGGUCUGUUCUACCAGAAGGCCCUGUGGGACACAGUGGGAAGCUCUUCAGUGGAGAUGAGCUAUUGGAAGUGAAUGGUAUAAAUUUGCUUGGGGAAAACCAUCAAGAUGUGGUCAAUAUUUUAAAAGAAUUGCCUAUAGAUGUGACAAUGGUGUGCUGCCGCCGAACUGUGCCACCCACCGCUUCAUCAGAACUGGAUGGCCUGGACAUAAGUGACCUUGAACUAACAGAAAAGCCUCAUAUAGAUCUUGGUGAGUUCAUCGGGUCAUCGGAGACAGAGGAUCCUGUGCUGGCGAUACCUGAUGUGGAUCAGAAUGCCGAGGAGAUUCAAACACCAGUGGCCAUGUGGGAGGCUGGCAUUCAGUCCAUAGAGCUGGAGAAAGGGAGCAGGGGCCUUGGCUUCAGCAUUUUAGACUACCAGGACCCCAUCGACCCAACAAGCACGGUGAUAGUCAUUCGUUCUCUGGUGCCUGGUGGUAUUGCUGAGAAGGAUGGCCGGCUUGUUCCAGGAGACAGGCUCAUGUUUGUCAAUGACAUUAACCUGGAAAACAGCAGUCUUGAAGAAGCCGUGGAAGCACUGAAGGGAGCGCCCUCAGGGAUGGUGCGGAUAGGUGUGGCCAAGCCUUUGCCUCUUUCACCAGAAGAAGGAUAUGUUUCUGCCAAGGAGGACAUGUUUCUCUGCCCACCACACUCCUGUAAGGAACCAGGCCUGCCUGACAAAGCCCUCUUCAGGGCUGACUUGGCUCUGAUAGAUGCACCUGAUGCUGAGUCAGUAGCUGAGUCAAGAUUUGAUUCUCCGUUCUCUCCUGAUAAUGACAGUGUGUACUCUACCCAGGCCUCCGUUUUAUCUCUUCAAGAUAGUGCUUGCAGUGAUGGCAUGAACUACGGCCCCUCCCUUCCAUCAUCUCCUCCCAAGGAUGUGACUGGAAGUUCUGACCUAGUGCUUGGUCUUCAUUUGUCCUUGGAAGAACUCUACACACAGAAUCUCCUGCCCAGACAGCAGGCUGCCUCUCCUCUCCCAGACAGGAGCAUGGCAGCUACUUCUGGUUCUGCCAUCGGUGACUAUCCACCUGCAAAUGCUGUUGAACAAAAAUAUGAAUGUGCAAACACAGUAGCAUGGACUCACUCACAGUUACCAAGUGGCCUGUGCGCCACAGAGCUUGCCCCUGCACUGCCUACUGCAGCUCAAAAGGGUUCUGAGUAUUUAACUGAAGAGAGCUCUCUGGCUUCUGAUGCGGAGUCUGUCCCACUGCAAAGUAUGUCCCAAGAAACUUUUGAGAGGACGGUCACUAUAGCAAAAGGCAGCUCCAGUCUGGGAAUGACAGUAAGUGCUAAUAAAGAUGGCCUUGGAGUGAUUGUGCGAAGCAUUAUUCAUGGAGGUGCCAUCAGUCGGGAUGGCCGGAUUGCUGUUGGUGACUGCAUUUUGUCUAUUAAUGAAGAAUCAACCAUCAGUUUAACCAAUGCCCAGGCAAGAGCCAUGUUGAGAAGACAUUCUCUAAUUGGACCUGACAUAAAAAUUACUUACGUGCCUGCAGAACAUUUGGAAGAGUUCAGAAUAAGUUUUGGUCAACAAUCUGGAGGAAUAAUGGCACUGGAUAUUUUUUCUUCAUACACUGGCAGAGACAUUCCAGAACUCCCAGAGCGGGAAGAAGGAGAAGGGGAAGAAAGUGAACUGCAGAAUGCAGGCUACAGCAGCUGGAGUCAGCCCCGGAGGGUGGAACUUUGGAGAGAACCAAGCAAGUCCUUGGGCAUCAGCAUUGUUGGGGGUCGAGGAAUGGGGAGCCGCCUCAGCAAUGGUGAAGUAAUGAGGGGCAUAUUCAUCAAACAUGUUCUUGAAGACAGUCCGGCUGGCAAAAACGGAACCUUGAAGCCUGGAGACAGAAUAAUUGAGGUGGAUGGAAUGGACCUCAGAGAUGCAAGCCAUGAACAAGCUGUGGAAGCCAUUCGGAAAGCAGGCAACCCUGUAGUAUUUAUGGUACAGAGCAUUAUAAACAGACCAAGGAAAUUCCCUUUGCCUUCCUUGCCGCACAACCUUUACCCUAAGUACAGCUUCAGCAGCACUAACCCAUUUGCUGACUCUCUCCAGCUCGCCACAGACAAGGCCCCCAACCAGUCAGCAUCAGACUCAGAGAAGGCUCCAAUGUGUGAUGUACCUCCCUCCUCCCCUUCAGGGUUCUCAGAAAUGGGUAGUGACUGUGCACAGCCAUCUACUAUCACAGUCUCAGAAGAUGCAGACAAAGAGGAUGAGUUUGGGUACAGCUGGAAAAAUAUCCAAGAGCGUUAUGGAUCCCUCUCAGGCCAGCUCCACAUGAUUGAGCUGGAGAAAGGUCACAGUGGUUUGGGUCUAAGUCUUGCUGGGAACAAAGACCGUACCAGGAUGAGUGUGUUUAUAGUGGGGAUAGAUCCCACGGGAGCAGCAGGAAGAGAUGGCCGACUUCAGGUUGCUGACGAGCUUCUAGAGAUCAAUGGCCAGAUAUUGUAUGGCAGAAGUCAUCAGAAUGCGUCAUCAAUCAUUAAAUGUGCUCCAUCUAAAGUAAAAAUAAUUUUUAUCAGAAAUGAAGAUGCAGUGAACCAAAUGGCUGUAUGUCCUGGAAAUGCAGCAGACCCUCUGCCUUCUAUUUCAGAAAGUCCUCAAAAUAAGGAGGUAGAACCAAGUGUUACUACUUCUGCAGCUCUGGACCUCAGUUCACUUACAAACGUGUACCAUCUGGAGCUUCCCAAGGAUCAAGGAGGUUUGGGUAUCGCUAUCAGUGAGGAAGACACACUCAAUGGACUAGUUAUCAAGAGUAUAACUGAGCAUGGAGAGGCAGCCAAGGAUGGAAGGCUUAAAGCUGGAGAUCAGAUCUUGGCUGUAGAUGAUGAAGUUGUUGCUGGGUGUCCUGUUGAGAAGUUUAUCAGCCUUCUGAAGACAGCAAAGGCAACUGUAAAACUGACUGUUCGAGCUGAGAAUCCAGCUUGCCAGGCUGUGCCCUCAGCAGCUUCUUCAGCCAGUGGAGAAAGGAAAGAGAGUGCCCAGUCUCCUGCAGUCCCAACUCUGGACCCAGACUCCAUCCCAAAUACAAGCAGGUCAUCAACCCCAGCAGUCUUUGCUUCUGACCCUGCCACCUGUCCCAUUAUCCCUGGAUGUGAAACAACCAUUGAGAUUUCCAAAGGGCAAACAGGACUGGGCCUGAGUAUUGUUGGCGGGUCAGACACACUGCUGGGUGCUAUUAUUAUCCAUGAAGUUUAUGAAGAGGGGGCAGCAUGCAAAGAUGGAAGACUGUGGGCUGGAGACCAGAUUUUAGAGGUGAAUGGUAUUGACUUGAGAAAGGCUACACACGAUGAAGCAAUCAAUGUCCUGAGGCAGACGCCACAAAGAGUACGGCUGACGCUCUAUCGAGAUGAGGCCCCAUACAAAGAAGAGGAUGUGUGUGAUACCUUCACCAUUGAUCUGCAAAAGAGGCCAGGCAAAGGCCUUGGCUUGAGUAUUGUUGGCAAGAGAAAUGACACUGGGGUGUUUGUAUCAGAUAUUGUCAAAGGAGGCAUUGCAGAUGCUGAUGGGAGAUUGAUGCAGGGGGACCAGAUUUUAAUGGUGAAUGGAGAAGAUGUCCGGAAUGCCACCCAGGAAGCAGUUGCUGCCCUAUUAAAGUGUUCCCUAGGCACAGUAACCCUGGAAGUUGGAAGAAUCAAAGCUGGUCCUUUCCACUCAGAGAGGAGGCCUUCUCAAAGUAGCCAGGUGAGUGACAGUAGCCUGUCAUCCUUCACUCUUCCACUUUCUGGAAUAAAUGCAUCUGAAUCACUGGAAAGUAACUCGAAGAAGAAUGCACUAGCAUCUGAAAUUCAGGGAUUAAGAACAGUUGAAAUAAAAAAGGGACCUUCGGACUCGCUGGGAAUCAGCAUUGCUGGAGGAGUGGGCAGCCCACUUGGUGAUGUUCCUAUAUUUAUUGCAAUGAUGCAUCCAAACGGUGUUGCAGCUCAAACCCAGAAACUCCGAGUUGGGGAUAGGAUUGUUACCAUCUGUGGCACAUCCACGGAAGGGAUGACUCAUACCCAAGCAGUUAACUUGAUGAAAAAUGCCCCUGGCUCCAUUGAAAUGCAGGUGGUUGCUGGGGGAGAUGUGAGUGUGGUCACAGGUCAUCAGCAAGAGCUUGCCAACCCGUGUCUUGCUUUCACUGGGCUAACAUCAAGCAGUAUAUUUCCGGAUGACUUAGGACCUCCACAGUGUAAGACUAUAACACUAGACCGAGGACCAGAUGGCUUAGGCUUCAGCAUUGUAGGAGGAUAUGGCAGCCCUCAUGGAGACUUACCAAUUUAUGUGAAAACAGUAUUUGCAAAGGGAGCAGCCGCAGAAGACGGGCGUCUAAAAAGGGGCGAUCAGAUCAUUGCUGUCAACGGGCAGAGUCUAGAAGGAGUAACCCAUGAAGAAGCUGUUGCCAUCCUUAAGCGGACAAAAGGCACUGUCACCCUUGUGGUUCUCUCCUGAACAGGUUGCCAGAGCUGAACCAGCCCAGCCACUUGCUCACCUGCUGUAACAGAGUGGAACUCUCCCUGUGGACUCCCUAUGCUGUGUUCAUUGGGGGAAACUGCGGUCAGGAGAAAAACAUUUAGUGAUUUGUUACUGACAACUUAGCAACAUUUUUCCUUCCCCCUUGCAUUUCAUGGUCCUAAACUCAAAGAGAAGGAAUAUAGGCGUAGUAGGUAAACCUCAUUUUUAUUUUGAAGACAUCUAACAAUUUAUAGUUGUGUGGACAAAAUUAUUAUUGGCUCAUCUUGGUAAUAUGGAAACAAAAUAACUUAAAGCUAGCCAAGAGAAAUGGCUUCAGAAAAUUAGGAUUUAAAAAAAAAGUAAAAAUUUACAAAAAGAAGACAAUCCUGAGUUUUAGAAAAUUGUCCCAAUCUGGCAGUCUCCCACCCCCCAAAAAAUGUACACAGUAAUCUUGAACAGUCUAUUUUAAAAUUGUGAACACUGUAGCAUACUGGAUCUUCUUACCUGUAAUAUAUAUUUUUCUGCUAGCAUGGUUUAGCAGUCUUACUAAGCUUUAAAAAGAAAUCGUGUUUAAUGCAUAUCUUGGUGUUCAUUUUCAGUUUUUGACCUGCUAUGUUUUCACGUUGUUAUAACUAAAAUAAUGCUGUUACCCUGUGUUGGCUACAGUUCUUCAGGAAAACAACCAUCCAGCCAUGGAAGACAUAGGAAGGAGCCCCGAACUUUCUAGUGCUGAUUUAACAUACUGACACAACACUGAAAAUAUGUUAGUGUACUGUGCUAUUGUUUUUCCAUUAGUAUUAAUCUUAAUGACAGAGAAAAAGGCAGUGCGUUAGUAAUUAUUUUGGUUGUACACCAUUAAUAAAUUGACAGAAAAAUUAAGGGGGUUAACAUAACUUCAUUGCUGUGUAUUAACAUCUUAUAAUACAAUAGUUUAAGACUAAAGGAAACAGAUGGAGCUGUUUACUGAGACAACUGGUGAGGAAUUAUCAUGUGUUCAAUCCCAUUUUAGAGCGUGAAACUCCUACAUUAGAAUAUAUAAAGUCACUUUAAAUAUUAUCUAUAUUUGUAACAGGAGUAGUGUACAGAUAUUUUAUUAUAGCAUUCUUGUGUAAAUGUAAAGUGAAUAAAUAAGUUUCUGUGGUGCACAACAAAAA